AUGAAAAUUCCAUGUUAUAAACAUGAAGGAUAAUAGAUUUUAUUUAUUAGAUUUGAUAAAAAUAAAACAGAAUAUGUCUGUGAUGAAUGUUUUAUAGGUUUAGAAUCAAAUAAAUUAUAAGACUUAAUCCAUAUCAAGAAUGUAUUAUCUCAUUAUAUAAUAUGAAAGGCAUUAAAGUCACCUGAAUAUUUCCUAUCUAAGCUGAAUUUGUCUUCUGAGGUUAAGGAAUAUUUGACUGAUUUAGAUAAAUAGAAUGAUAAAAAAAUGAAUGGUGUUCUUAUGGAUUUGAAAAAUUAAAUUACUAAGAUUUAAAAGUAGCUAGAAGAUGUUUAUGAAGAAAUAGAAUAAAACUUAAAUAAUUUCCUAGAUAUGAAAUAAAAAAUUAAAGAUGAAUUGAAAAAAGUAUUAAUUUAAAAAUAAUAGAUUACUAAAUUUGAUUAAUUUACAUAAUUAAUUAUGGAUCUUGAAAAAUUGGGAGAUACAAUAAAUCCUUAAGCUAUAGAAUAAAGUGAAAAGCUUCUCUAACAAUAUCUAUAAGAUCUUACAUAAAAAGAUUCUUAAGAAUUAAAUUCAAAUUUAAUAUCUAUGUUAAAAGAAAUAUAGAUAUAACAAGGGGAUCCCAACGAAUAAUAAUAAAAUAACGAAACUUACUCUAAAUAAAAAGAAUUAGAUUUAUUAAAUUAAUAGUUUAAAUAAAGUUAAAUUUAAUUUGGAAAUUAAAUUACUAUGAUUAAUUUUAACAAUUUACAAAAGUUAAAGUAAAUAUUGCCAACUAAAUUAUUAUAGUUAGUUUAUUAAUGA